AUGCCAUUGUUUACCACACCAGAACCCAUAGAACUUAAGAACAAUCGAUCUGCGUUAGAAAACGUUCUGCCAUUUGGCCUUAGUACAGCAGGAUACAUAUUUUCGAAAGUCAUGAGGGAAGUGGUGAAGCUUUGGAGGUCAAAAGGUUACAAGAUUGUCAUGUAUUUAGAUGAUGGGAUGGGCGGUGCCUCAACAUUACACGAAGCAGAAUUAGUGAGUUUAGAAAUUCGGAAAGAUUUAGACAGAUUAGGGUUUCUUGUUGCAGCAGACAAGAGUCACUGGGAGCCAUUGACAGAGUCUGAUGUAAAUAAAGUAACAAUUUAUUGUGAUGAAUCUGACACGGGUUUUGGAGGUCAUUUGACUAUAUGUUCAGAGGGUGAACAAACUGAAUUUGAGUGGUAUGGAGUUUGGAACGAAUGGGAAAGUAAAUGGAUACCUAGGUCAGAAAACGUAAAAGCAGACUCUUUGAGUAGAAUGACAGACUGUGAUGACUGGUCUGUUAAGCAAUGUGUAUUUGAUUAUUUUGACAAUAUCUGGGGACCACAUACAUGCGAUAGAUUCGCAGAUCUCCAUAACAUUACAGGAAUAGGACUCCAUGACAGCAUUAAAAGAAAUGCAGAAAAACAUGGCGUCGAACCUGGAAGUUAUUUGGCUGAUCUGUGUCCAUAUUUAAGCAGCUGGAUUUUGUCAAGUAAAAGCGAUAACACUAAUAAAUCCUAUUUUAACUCUUUUAAGAGAUGGGAAAAUUUCAUUAAAGUUCAAGGACAUAGUGCGUUACCGGCAAGUCCCAUGCAUGUGGCAUUAUACCUGACGCAUUUGUUACAGAACGGAUCAUCUCAACACCCUGUGAACGUUGCCGUGUAUGCGAUUAGGUGGGCUCACGAAUGUGCAGGUUUACCAGAUCCAACGAAGAAUGCCUACGUUACAUCUCUACAAGAAGCCGCAAGACGGAAAGCUAGUCGUGUUGUCCAGAAAAAAGAACCUAUUACCAAGGAUGUGUUAAUUGAACUUUGUGAUAAAUUCGUUGAUGAAAAUGAUUUGCUAAUUGUCAGAAAUCUUACUACGAUUUUAUUUUGUUUCGCUGGUUUUCUUAGGUUUGACGAAGUUAUUUCUUUAACAUUUAAUGAUGUGCUUGUACAUGAUGAAUAUCUUGUGCUUUCUAUUAAAAAAUCAAAAACAGAUCAGUACAGACAAGGAAGCGAAGUCCUUGUUGCUAAAGGUUCAACGUCUGCAUGUCCUGUCAAUAUGUAUAAGAGAUAUUUAGAACUUUUGGGUCCAAUUAGUGAAAAACAAUUUUUCUUAUUUAGACCAAUUUUUAGGUCAAAAGGUGUUUUUAAAUUAAUAUAUAAAAACAAAAAACUUAGUUAUACAUCAACUAGAAGCAAUCUUGUAUCAUUGUUGAAAACAAUUAUGGGUGAACAUGUUAACAUAGGAAUUCAUUCUUUAAGGGCAGGUGGGGCGACUGUGGCAGCAAAUUCAAAUGUGGAUGAGAGAUGUUUGAAAAAGCACGGUAGAUGGAGAAGUGACAGUGCCAAAGAUGGUUACAUUGUAGAUUCUUUGGAUAAACGACUUAUGGUUUCAAGGUCAUUGGAAUUAUAA